AGACAGAAGAGAAGUGACUAGAGAGAGAGAUAUAUAUAUAUAUAUACUCCUGAGAUACUGACCGAACUCUCUCUCUGAGCCCGGUCACAUCCCAGAUACAUUUUCAUCUCAACCGCGUUAACACAAAAGGCAGCAAAAUAGAUACCAUGGAAGACAAUAACACGAGCAGCAGUGCGGGCGGUGCGUCCAUUAAACACGAGGAUCCAUCGGUGACACUCACAAUAAGGCUGAUUAUGCAAGGAAAGGAAGUGGGUAGUAUUAUUGGUAAAAAGGGUGAAAUUGUCAACAGAUUUCGUGAAGAGUCUGGUGCCAAAAUCAACAUUUCGGAUGGCUCAUGCCCGGAGCGCAUUGUGACUGUGUCUGGUACAACUAAUGCAAUCUUUUCGGCAUUUACGCUCAUUACAAAGAAGUUCGAAGAGUGGUGCUCGCAGUUCAAUGAUGUAGGCAAAGUUGGCAAAACUCAAAUACCCAUUCGAUUGAUUGUGCCCGCCAGUCAAUGUGGAUCGUUAAUUGGCAAGAGUGGCUCAAAGAUCAAGGAAAUUCGACAGACCACCGGCUGCUCUAUCCAGGUGGCCAGUGAAAUGCUGCCCAAUUCUACAGAGAGGUCGGUUACCUUGAGCGGCAGUGCCGAGCAGAUCACCCAGUGUAUCUAUCAGAUAUGUCUUGUCAUGUUGGAGUCCCCGCCACGCGGUGCUACCAUCCCGUAUCGACCAAAACCGCAGGUGACCGGCCCCGUCAUCCUGGCCAAUGGACAGGCCUUUACCAUUCAAGGAAACUACGCAGUGCCCACACAAGAGACCUGUCCAGUAUUUCCACUUGCCCUGGCUACCGGCGGUCUACAUGCUGGUAUCUCAGGCUUGGCGGAUCCUUUGUUAAAGGGGGCACAUUUACAAGGAGCGGUACCAGCACACCACCAUCACCUACAGCAAAUGCCCGAUUCUUAUAUCCCCGACGAACAGGUGGCCAAGAACCCGCUGGCCAGUCUGGCUGCCUUGGGCCUGGCCGGGAUGAAUCCGGCCAGCACUGGGGGCAUCAACCACACAGGCUCUGCCCCAGCAGCCCUGGCUGCCCUGGCCGGGUCGCAACUGCGUACAGCGAAUCCAGCGAACCGAGCCCAGCAGCAGCAGCACGAGAUGACCGUCUCCAAUGACCUGAUCGGUUGCAUCAUCGGCAAGGGCGGCACCAAGAUCGCCGAGAUCCGUCAGAUCUCUGGCGCCAUGAUCCGGAUCUCGAACUGCGAGGAGCGUGAGGGUGGCAACACCGAUCGCACCAUCACCAUCAGCGGCAAUCCGGACUCGGUGGCCCUGGCCCAAUACUUAAUCAAUAUGAGUGUUGAGCUGCAGAAGGCCAAUCUCCUGGAGCAGGCCCAGGCCCAGCAGAACGGCGGUGCUGCCGUAGCCGCCGCCGCCGCCGCUGCCACAGCUGCUCCCGGAGCGGCUGCUGCCGUCACCGGAGCAACUACAGCGAUCGCCGGAGCUCCGCCAUCAUCCGGCACCAAUGGAGCCAUCACAACGGUAGCCCUCACCGACGGAGGCACUGGCGCUGGCACCGGCACUGGCGGAGGUGGUGCCGUUGCUGCAGGAGCUGCAGAUGCCGCCAGCAAUGGUACUGCCACGGCAACCAAUGGUGGCACCACCAACCGCAGUGUCUCCGCCGUGACCGUUGCCGCUGCUGUCGCCUCUGUCUAUGGCAGAGCAAAUGGCAGCCAGGGAACCAAUGAAAUGGCCUCGGUCAUGCAACUGCUCACAAGGCCGGAAGCGCUGAGUGCUCUGUCCAAUCUGAGUGCCCUCGAUCUGCUCAAUCUGACCACGCUGGGCAGCAACGGUGGGGCCGGCACACCGGGCGGACCGCCGGUGCAGACGACGGGGGUGAACCGUGCCAAGGGACACUAUGCCACCUCGCGGUUCCGCCAGCAUCUGACAGAGACCGGUGGCGAGGCGGAGAAGCCGCGCAACAAGUUCAAUCCGUACUAGGAGUAGGAGCUGGAGUCCACAGAGGAGGAGGAUGAGGAGGAGGAGCCAGGAGUCGGAGCUGUAGCAGCCCGAGAGGAGUCAAGUUAUAGUCGCUUAGUUUUAUAGGAAUUUCCAUGAUAGCGUUGCGAAAGCUUUAGCUUUAGCGUUUAGAUAUUCUUGAAGAAAGAAGCAAAAAACAAAAUAUUUGUAUAAAAUAAUUCGGUUUAGAAAAAAGGAAUCAAGAUUGUGGCUACGAUCAGCAGAAAGUAUUGAAAGUUUCAAGACAAUUUUUACAACUAAAUAGUAAUCCACUCAAAAUAUUUAUGAAAGAAAACUAACCAAAACUACAAUAACUAAAAUAAAUCAGUCACACUUAGACCGUGCUAGAUGUAAUCGUUUAAUAAUCAAUCCGAUCAGAGUCAGCAUCAGAAUCAGAAACCAAACCAUAUAUUGUGUAUCGUAUCGAAUAUAUAUAGGACCGAGUCGAGAUAUUUUGACCAAGUGACCAAGGACCGACCCUAGUGGGCGAUCGCUAUAGAUUUUGGACCCCAAAAACUUUUUGAUAAACGCCUAAACUAAACUUAUAUAUACAUACAAGCGAAUAUGUAUCGUACAUUAUAUAGAAUUUGCCAAAUUUUAGCGCAUCCCUAGUAGCGUUCUUCUUAGAAUAGAGAUUACAGAUUUAGAUCGCGAAUAUAUCGAGUAUAUUAGAGCAGGUACCGAGCAUUAAUCUUAGCCUCAGCAGCCAACAAUCUUUCCCCGAUCAACAAGAACAACAACCAUUCAUUGUAACAUAUAACACACGCUCCAAUAUCUUAUAAAUCCAUUGUGUACUCUCUUAGCUUUUAAGCACUAAAUGUAUUUUUUCCCCCAUAUAUAUAUACAUAUACGAGAUAUAACCUUAAGCAUAAAGACCCAAAAAAGCCAUUUGUCGAGAAGGGAAACAGAAGGAGAAAGCAGCAAGCUAAAGUGAAGUAUUGAAGCAGGCAGAAUAUGAAGAGAAAUAUGAAAGAACCU